AUGUGGGAACGCCCAGCACUGACUCAGACUGUCCUGUAUCAGCAGUCAUUUGCAGGGACUCCUCAUCCCGUCGCCACCUUCCGUCCAUCUAACAUCUACUCUGUAUGUAAAGCAUCUAAUCGGAGGCCCUCUGUGUACCUUCCAACACGUGAAUACCCCUCUGAACAGAUUAUUGUAACAGAGAAAACCAACAUCCUCCUGCGUUAUCUCCAUCAGCAGUGGGACAAAAAGAAUGCAGCAAAGAAAAGGGAACAGGAACAAGGUGAGGGUGACAGUCCAGCACCCCCAAGGAAGAUCGCCAGGACAGAUAGCCAAGAGAUGAAUGAGGACUCAUAAGUGUGUGUGUGUGUGUGUGUGUGUGUGUGUGUGUGUGUGUGUGUGGGUGGGGGUGGGUGGUG